CACGGAAACACAGCGAGGAAAGGAAGGCGUCCGCGUAUUUGUUUUGUAAUUUUAAUAGAAACAUCCGUGUUUGACAGCAGGGAUAGCACGUAAAAGUACAUCACCGUGCAGUGUGACAGACCUUUCUUCUCUUGUUCUAUGGAGUUAAUGCAGCUUCUAUCAUGGGCCUGCAUUGUGUUCACAGUCGGGAUGUUCUCGACUGGACUGACCGACCUGAAGAAGAUGAGAGAAACAAAAAGUGCUGACAAUAUUCAGUUUCUCCCUUUCCUCACCACAUGUCUUAAUAACCUUGGCUGGUUGUAUUAUGGGAUGCUGAAGACAGAUCAUACGAUUAUCCUGGUCAACGUUAUCGGAGCUCUACUCCAGAUCCUCUACAUUGUUGUGUACCUCCACUACACAAAACAAAAGAGGAUGGUGAUGACACAGACGAUAGCUGCAGGGAUGGUGCUGACCUGCGGUUGGUUCUACUUCACCACGUUUCUUCCUGAGGGAGACACGCGGCUCAGCCAGCUCGGCCUCACCUGCAGCGUGGUCACCGUCAGCAUGUACCUGUCCCCGCUCAUCGACCUGGUCGGGAUCGUGCGCAGUGGUGAUGUGCGGUGCUUGUCCUUCCCUCUGACUGUUGCCACCUUCUUCACUUCAACCUCUUGGGUCCUGUAUGGCCUCCAACUGAAUGACUACUAUAUUGUGGUUCCAAACACGCCUGGGAUCUUCACCAGCCUCAUCAGAUUGUAUCUGUUUUGGAAAUUUGCGUCCGUCAAUCAAAGCUCACCUGCCUACAAGUCUAUGCAGAUAUGAGGAUAUGGGUGUUAUGAAAACGAAUAGUGAUGAAACACGUUGACUCCACACAGGGCUGCAGCAAAGCUCUCCCUUCUCUUGUCUUGUAUUUUUUUAAUCACGCAGACACGGUGAAGAGAGACAAACCAAUACCGAUGAGGUGAAGAUAACGUCUUGCGUUUGUUGCCUUUUAGGUGAAGUAUAUCAGUGAACGAUAGGUGGGGAAACGAUGAUGAUGUCUUUGAUUCAACCGUUUUCUGUCCGCAGCUAUUUGUUACACCUGCGUCUCCUCUCCGUGUCCUUCAAGUGCCUUCUGUUAGAUCCUGUUCGCCAUGAAACACUAAUGGCAUUCACUGAUCUACCAACAUGUCAGGAGACUUACAAUCUGUUCACAAUCCAGUGAAUUGAGUUGAAUCUUCCUCACCUCAUACUAGCCAAAGAUUUUUGUGGAGUUGUUACUUGCUGGCUGCUAUUUUAAUAUCACAUACAGUGCUCUCUUCCCUGGUACUCGUGUUAUGGAAUAAUGUAGAUUAUAGUUUCAUAUUUCUCCCUGGUGAGGCAAUGAUGAUUUCACAUCCCUUUGGGGUUGGUACUCGUAGAUCUGUGUCACAUUGCAGACAGAGUAUUGAGUCAUAUCAGUGGCAGUAAGUUAUAUUUGUGCAGAAUUGUUUUCUAUGUAUUUUAGUCUUUUUGAUACAGAAUGUGUACGUUGGCUUCUGGCCAAGGUAAAAAAAAGGGUCUACUUAUAUUGUUAAUGCUAUUUUUAUAAGCAAUUAUAUGACAUAAAAUAAAAUAAGAAUAAGACACCGUGGGGUUUGUUUACAAGAAUGGAUGAUGUUUAUAUCUCUGGUGGCUGGUUGUCAUGGGUAAUAGAGUCUUGCUUGUCUCAUUAUUUUCUGUAAUAAGGACAUAUGUUAUGCAAAUGAAACAGCAGAGUGUCAGUGCUGAUUCACUCACUUCUAAGGGAUCUAAUGUCUUUAAAGGUGCCGUGUAAAUAAAUUUUUACUUUAACCAUC